UUGUGUCAAAAUGAUUCACUCUCCGCGCGCGGGGAAAGCCGCUCCGCCCCGCCCGCCCCGAAAGAAUGUACCCUGGCACACGCUCCUCCCCUCACUUAGCAACCCGAGCACGUAGCAACGGCUGAUCCAAUGGGCGUUCUUCUCGAGGUUCCACCGACUGCGGUUGCUUAGCAACGCAGUAAAAAAAAAGAAAGAUUUUCGCUGACGUCCAUGCUGUCGGGGAGUAUUAUGGUCUGUCGGGAAUUCAGAGUGGCUGGGACUGGAGGAAAAAAAAAGAUCUGCUCUGCUAACGUUAGCGUUCAGCAAGCUAACGGUAGGAAGCACCGCGGUAAACAUGGAGCUGUCUGCCGUUGGGGAGAGGGUGUUCGCCGCCGAGUCGAUCAUCAAACGGCGGAUAAGGAAGGGUCGGAUUGAAUACCUCGUGAAAUGGAAGGGCUGGUCUCCCAAAUACAGCACCUGGGAACCAGAAGAGAACAUUUUGGACUCCCGCCUGUUCGCGGCGUUUGAGCAGAGGGAGCGCGAAAGGGAGCUGUAUGGGCCCAAAAAGAGGGGACCAAAACCCAAGACGUUCCUGCUCAAGGCUCAGGCUAAAAUUAAGGCCAAGUCCUAUGAGUUCAGAGGCGACUUAGUCCGAGGGAUCACCUACCCGACCCCGGAGCCGGUGGUCACCCCCAGGGCCAGGGAGGGUCUGAGGGCCGUCGUUCCAAACAUCUUUCCGGCCAGCACUGUGAACCGCGGUGAAAGCGUCCGUGUCCAUCCCCCAGGACUGAGCAGCCGUGAGUACCAGCAGCCUUCCCUUCAGCAAACCAGCCCGGGCGGGCUCAUUCGCUUACCCAAAAAAAGAGGCCCGAAGCCAAAGCCCCGCUUCAAGGACAGCAGCUGCAGCCCUGCGGUCUUUGAAAGCCACCAAAGGAGAGCAGAGGAGCAGGUGAGCUACAGCCCUCACAAACUGGCCAAGCUCCAGGGGGGUGAAGAGAUGAGGCGGAUCAAAGUGGCCCACAGACAUGCGGAGCUCCACGGUCAUAAACACCGGCAUCACCGCCGCCACCACCACCAUCACCGCCGCCACCACCAUCAUCACCACACACACAACCGGGGAAUCACCGGUUCAAGCUCCUACAAGCUGUAUUCUGACCGCAUCCUGCAUCCACACAGAACAGACAUGGACACACACAGGACUAAGAACCGCUCCACCUACCUGGCGCCUGUACACUUCAAGCACACCUCCAAAAUGAGCCAGGGUCCGAGCGGCCCCGCUGAGCGCCCACCAAUGGAAAAGCCUUACUUCUUGGACCGGCCGUCCCCAACCAGGCUUGAGGUCGACUUGGAUGAAGUGACGUGGAGGCCCUCCGUCGGCAACGUGGAGAAGGUCCUGGUGACGGACGUGACCACCAACUUCCUGACCGUCACCAUCAAGGAGAGCAGCACUUCUCAGGGCUUCUUCAAGGACAAAAGAUGAGCGCUCGACGAGUUUCCCGCUCGCCGCGCUCCGCUUUCUCUGACUGGCAUCAGAAUCAUUCUGAAUACGUUUGAUUAGCAGGCAAAGCAGGUUUAAUAUUUUGUGAAUGAAAAUGAAUUACAUAACGUGUAUGAUAAAGUUAAACAUGUUCUGUUUUAAUGUAUUGACCAAAUCAAAUUAGAUCCAUUUCACAUCUUGCUUUGGUUGAAACACGAACAUGUUGCAUGUUUCUUCUGCAGCAAUCGGACACUUUUGUAAUUAAUUAAUUCUAAUGAAUGUAUUUUUUGUUCACUCUCUCCCAGUCUGAGCUGUGAGGCAACGCUUAGAUAAUGAAUUCGAUUCGUGGAUUGUUUAUUUCUCUCAAAUUUGAAUCGAUUAGACUGAAAAUACCUGUUCAAAUCAAUGGGGUUGAUUUUUAACAAUGUACUAAAGCACUUUUGAAAACAAAAGUAUUAAAAAGAAUCUGUUUGUGUAGCAUUCAAAGACUAACUGACUGUAUAAUAUCUAACAUUUGUAAUUAUAUUUGUAAGAUAAAGUACUCAAUUUGACACAGACAAGCUGAGGUGUGUAUAACAACAUUUUUCCAUUAACUUGGUAUAUUUUACAUUUUCAUAGAAAACGUUCAAAGCUUUAAUUAAAGAGUUGAUGUCAAUUUGCUUUUUAGACGCUUUCCAAUAAAUUCUUCGAAUUUUCUCAAUUUCAA